CACCAGUCACCUACCCUCCGUUAUAUUCGUCCCUUUGCUCCUCUCUUCUGCAAUUAUAGAAAAUUAGAAACCUUGUUACGCACCUACACUCCGAUGGCUCCGAGCUUGGUGCCCUUCGUCUCUCCAGUCUGGGUGGUCUGGUCGUUACCGCUGAUGCUGGCGGCGGCGCCGCCGGCAAACGCGCAAGGAGGGGGAGCCUGCGGCCCGGCCAGCUGCGGGAACCUGACCAUCUCGGAGCCGUUCGGGAUCGUCCUCCCGGAGGAGGCAACGCAGGCCGUGUGCGGUUCGCUUGGCUUCCAGGUCAUCUGCGACAACAACACUCCGUACCUCGGAUACCGCCGGACCGGCUACUACAAGCUCCAGAUCCUGGCCAUCUUCUACGGCAACAGCUCCUUGCUUGCCGCGGACAUGCGGAAGCUUGAGGACUUCACAAAUCUGAACCGCACAGGCUGUCCCCGUUUCCCUACGGCCAACACCUCAUCCAAGAUCGCUCUCCCGUUCUCGAUCAGUCCCAUCGAUCAGGAACUGCUCAUCGUCUACCAGUGCAGCAAGCCGCCGGCGCCGGCAGAGGGGCUUGUGGAGACGAGGUGCGGAAACGGGACGUUUGCCCGCGUCACUGAGCCGGCGGGCGACAGCUACUUUCUCGAGGGGUGCGAUGCAAUCGUGGUGCCGGUGCGUGGGGGAUCUGGCAAGGCCAACGCGAGCAACUACGAGGAACUCAUCAGUGACGGAUUCCUCUUGACAUGGGAGCCAUCGCCGCCAGCAGAGGAUGGAAGGCGUAACAUCAGGUUAAUUUUGAUAGUUUGCUUAUCUGCUACGGCGACUACCACGCUCAUAUGUCUUAUCUGGAUAAAAUAUUGUUUGAAGAAAAAUCUCGGCUUCUUCAAGCUCCAACGGUAUUCUAGGGAUGAAACAGAAACAGAAGAAGCAUUGAGAAGUUAUCUUUCUCUGGCCCUGAAAAGGUUUCGGUACUCAGAGCUGAAGAAAAUAACCAGAUCUUUCAAGGAUAAAUUAGGGGAAGGUGGCUAUGGCAUGGUAUUCAAGGAAAGCCUAGAAGAUGGACGCACGGUUGCUGUGAAGCUCUUACAAGGAUCUAAAGGAAAUGGAAAGGAGUUUCUGAACGAGGUCAUUAGCAUCCGUAGCACAUGUCAUGUCAAUAUCGUUAGCCUAAUAGGUUUUUGUUUACAUGGAUCCAAGCGAGCACUUAUUUACGAGUACAUGGCCAAUGGCUCUCUGGAGAAAUACAUUUAUUCAGAUAAUUCGAGGCAGGCUAUUGGGUGGGAGAAGUUGCAGCAAAUAGCAAUUGGAAUAGCACGAGGUUUGGAGUAUUUGCAUCAGGGUUGUAACACCCGCAUUAUCCACUUUGACAUCAAACCGCACAAUAUCCUUCUUGAUGAACAUCUUUGUCCCAAGAUUGCAGAUUUUGGUCUUGCCAAACUGUGUUGUAGUGUUAAGGAUAGUGUCCUCUCAAUGGCCGAAGCAAGAGGUACCAUUGGUUUCAUUGCUCCAGAAGUAUUUUCAAGAGGAUUUGGACUCGUGUCAACUAAGUCAGAUGUUUACAGCUACGGAAUGUUGCUUCUUGAAAUGGUAGGAGGAAGGAAUACUUUUGAAGAAAAUGCAAAAAAUUCUAGUGGACUCUACCUUCCAAAUUGGAUAUAUGAUCGUGUAGUUGAAGAAAUGCAAAGAUAUGAAGUCACAUGCGAGACAGAAGAGAUCGAAAGAAAAAUGACUCUAAUUGGCCUCUGGUGCAUACAAACAAUCCCAGGACAUCGUCCUUCCAUGAGUAAGGUCAUAGAAAUGUUUGAGAGGAAUGCCACUGAAUUGGAAAUGCCACCUAAGCCAUUCGUUUCUUCAUCCGCACGUCCAUCAUAUUUUUCAUCUGAACCAGGACAUGAUUCCGAAUAAAAUCUGCUGGGUCCACCAGAGAAAAAAGUGGAUAAAUAUGUCAUCGUUUCUGCAAGAGUAUGAUGCAAGUUUUAAAGGGAAAUUCACUAGAAGUUUAUUUGUGGCGAGGUUUAUAGAGGGAUGAUAUGCAUGCAGGUACAUCAGUAGAUGGCAUGAGAAUGGCAAUAGGGAACUUAGUUAUCUUUAGUGUGUUCCCAUAUGUAACUUUCAGGGGGUACAAUGUUUAACUCCAUGUAUUGUUGUAUAUUGCACAUUUUGUUGUUGUUGUUGUUGUAUGCUAAGGUGUACAUUGGAAUCU